AUGACAUCGAAUUCGCUUCCAAUCUUAGACCUCCCCGUGGAGCUGUUCCGUACAAUAUUGUCGCAUCUUCCAAAUCGCGACAUCAGAUCUUUACGCCUUGUGUCUAAACAAUUCUGCAAUUCAGUGCAGCUUCGACUGUCCAGAGUGUUCUUGUCGGCCAAUUCCCUAAACAUCAAAGUCUUCCGCGCAGUUGCAGAUCAUGAGAAAUUACGCCACAAGAUCACAGAAAUCAUCUGGGAUGACGCGCGGUUAUCCCAUAACUUUUCAGAAGACGUUAUUCAUCCUGAGCAAGGCAUCUUUCUGCCAAACACGGAUAUAAGCGACAACGAGAUUGAAGAGCUCGACGAUGAAGCCUUUGAUCAUGAAAGCUUGGAAGAUAAGGAAUUUGAACAUGACGAGGAUCUAGAUGAUUUUGAGCAAUUGAAGAACAGCGAGAAAUUCAAGAGGCAAAGGUGCCCACCCUGGGUUCAAGGCCGCGUGCAUUGA